GGAGUAACGCAAUCCCCCGUAAAAAAAAAAGCAACGCAAUCUACCCGCGGCUGCGCCUGCCGGCCGGCGCCCUUCGCCGUCGCUCCGUCCCGCCGGCGGGCGAUGGUUCCAGAGCCAAAACGCAACGGCACGGGGUAGGGUGAGGGUAUAUUCGAUCCAACCGCACGGCACGCCCACGCCCCGCACGCUGCCGCCAUCACCGUCACGCCUCCCACGCCCGCACUAAUUUCGCCCUGCCCGCACCCUUCAUCGGCACAAACCGCCGCCCCUUUGCACUGCCAGCCGCGCCGCCGACCGAUCGGUGACUCCGCGCUGUCCAGAUGGCGGCGCCUCCCCCCGCUCCUGCUGCUGCGGCGGCGGCGGCGAGGGCCGGCGGGCUGGUGCUGUGGCUGCACGGCUCGGCCGAGACGGGCGAGCACAGCCGCGGCCAGAUCGCGCCCUACUUCUCCGCCGGCCCCGCCGUCCGCCUCUCCUUCCCCACCGCCCCCAUCGCCUGCGUUGGUGACGUGGUGCUCAAUGCGUGGUUCGGCAUCCCGGAGGUCCCCAUAACCGCUACCACUGUUAGAGAUGAGCAAGGAGUCCUAGAAGCUGUUGAGCACGUGCACGAAAUGUUGGACAAAGAAGUGGCUGCCGGGACGAGUCCUACAAACAUUUUCGUUUGUGGAUUAAGCCAAGGAGGUGCUCUAGCCAUAGCAAGUGUUCUGCUCUACCCCAAGACUUUAGGUGGGUGUGCUGUUUUCAGUGGUUCAGUUCCUCUCAGCAAAUCAUUUGCUGACAGGGUGACACCUGAAGCCAGGAAGACUCCGGUUUUAUGGUUCCAUGGGAUGGCAGAUGGGGUGGUACUAUUCGAAGCCGGGCACGCUGGAUGCGCAUUUCUCCAAGAGCUUGGCAUGGCCUGCGAAUUCAAGACUUAUCUGACUCUUGGACAUUCGUUGGUGGAUGAAGAGCUCCAGUAUUUUCGACGAUGGAUAUUCGAUCGUCUAGGGAUCUCUCAAGGAACUGAAGCUGCAAGACCAUCGUCAUCGUCGUCGUCGAACCACGAAGAUCUACACUAGCUAGGGUGCUUCACAAACUUACUGGCACCAUUUCUAGGUGGCACAUUGCUACCACAUACGUGACCUGAAUCUCAGUUUUAUCUUGCCACACGAAUGCUUUGGAACAUGAUCCAGUGAAAGUUGUUUUUUAUGAUAUCCAACGAAAGGAUUAUGAUACUGUUACAGUUGACUUGCUCUUUUU